CUCGUCUCUGCAGUAGUCGUCUUCAGGCAGCGACAUGGCAGUGCUGUGCUCUGUUUCUUCCUCCUCCUUCUCUCUGCUCGUAGUGGUCGUGUUCUUGGUCGGGAGCCUGCUCUCGAUCGUCGGCCACCACAAGCCGGUUCCGUCGCUCGCGGAGCGGCUCGAUUCCCUCCGCUUCGCCGACAGUUCCGUGAUUAGUUUUGACCCGGCGGAGCUAGACCGGGCGUCGGGUGACUUCGGCAUGAUAGUCCGAGCGGCACCAGCCGCCGUCAUGCACCCCGCGUCGGAGCGCGACGUCGCCGAGUUGGUCAAGUUCUCGCACGCCGCGGCCCGGCCGUUCCACAUCGCCGCGCGCGGUCGCGGCCACUCCGUCCGCGGCCAGGCCCUCGCGGGCGGCGGCGUGGUCGUGGAGAUGGCGGCGCUGAGGAAGGGAAGGGAACGGAUAAAGGUAACGUGUCCGGUCGAGUGCUACGUGGACGCGGGAGGAGAGCAGCUGUGGGCGGACGUGCUCGCGGAGACGCUGAAGCAUGGGCUGGCGCCGCGGUCGUGGACCGACUACUUGUACCUCACCGUCGGCGGCACGCUGUCGAACGCCGGCAUUAGCGGCCAGUCCUUCCUCCACGGCCCGCAGAUCUCCAACGUGCAUGAGCUCGAAGUCGUCACCGGAAAGGGAGAGAUAGUGACGUGCUCGGAGCAGCAGGAGGCAGACCUGUUCUUGGCAGUUCUCGGCGGUCUUGGCCAGUUCGGCAUCAUCACUAGAGCUCGCAUUGCCCUCGAGCCCGCCCCACAAAUGGUGAGGUGGGUUCGACUCAUUUACACAGAUUUCAAAGCCUUCAGUCAUGAUCAGGAGAGAUUAAUAUCAGUAAUUGAGGGGCUUAAUUAUGUGGAAGGCUCAGUUAUAAUGGCAAACAGUCUUAUAAACAACUGGAGAUCUUCCUUUUAUCUGGAAGAAGACAUUAAGAGGAUCAAAGAGCUAUCGGAAGAGCAUGGCGCAGUUUACUGCUUAGAAGUAGCCAAAUAUUAUGACCACGCAACAGCAAACUCCAUCAACGAGGCAAUUCAACUGUUGCUUGGAGACUUGAGGUUUGAACCAGGAUUCCAGUUCAAGACUGACGUCGCCUACGUGAGCUUCCUUAACAGAGUGAGAGAAGGAGAGGUGAAGCUCCAGUCAAGGGGUUUGUGGGAUGUCCCCCAUCCAUGGCUCAACAUUUUGGUGCCCAGGUCGAGGAUUGUAGACUUUGAUCAAGGGGUUUUCAAGAGCAUCCUCAAGCACAGCAGCAGCAACAACAACUCCGUUGGCCCGAUCCUAAUUUAUGCCACGAACAGAGACAAGUGGAACCAGAGGACUUCAGCUGUGAUUCCUGAUGAACAAGUGUUCUACUCGGUCGGGAUUUUACGAUCGGGCUCCGGCGAUGAUGAUCGGAAGGACUUGGAGCAGCAAAACAAGGAGAUAUUAGACUUCUGCGACCAGGCCGGCAUAAACUACAAGCAGUACUUGCCUCAUUACACAGGCACAUCAGAUUGGAUGAAGCAUUUCGGAGCAAAAUGGAGUCUGUUUGUGGAGAGAAAAAUGAGGUACGAUCCGAGGGCACUGCUCUCUCCUGGCCAGCAAAUAUUUACCUCCAGUUAUUCGCAGAAUUCAUCCCUGUAAUAUACCUAUGAAUAGAAGAAGACGAAGGCUGUUCAGAAUUGCGCAAGUUUAUGUCUAGAGAUAGGUAGUAUGAUAGGAAGGUGUUUUUAGAA